GUUGCUUGUUGCUUCCUCAAUCCACUCCCUCCUCCCAUUAACACUCGACCCCAUUCACACAUUCACUCACCAACCUACCCACCCAUCCACCCAUCCACCCAUCAACACAUUCCCUCACCAGACCCCAAGCGGGUCUGUCCGUCCGUCCUCGAUUCCCACCUCCGACCUCCCACCUCCCACCAUGACGGAAUCUCCGGGCUCUCCCCUCUCCUCCAUUGCCUCCGACGACGACAUGUCGGAUCGCGAAGACCAAGACCAGGACCUGAAGCAAGGCUUCUCCCCCUCCGCCACCAAUAUGCCACCCUCCAAGCGCCGUCGCACCGGCGUCGAUUCCUGGGACCGCAACACCCCCGUCUCGACCUCCUUCCAGGACGACCUCGCGCCCGCCUCACCCUCCACCUCCAUCUCGUCCGACACCUCCGGCGACAUCCCCAACUCCCCCACCACCCUGGCCCUGAUUGGCGGCAGCCAGGAUGACGAUUAUAGCGGCCAGGGCAACGACCAGGUGACCGUGUGUCGCUGGGACGGGUGCGACGCCGGCGACCUCGGCAACAUGGACGGGCUGGUCAAACACAUCCACGACGAACACGUCGGCAGCCGCCAGAAGAAGUACUCCUGCGAGUGGUCCGACUGCACCCGCAAAGGCCAGACCCAUGCCAGUGGCUACGCCCUGCGCGCACACAUGCGCAGCCAUACGAGAGAAAAGCCUUUCUACUGCGCGCUUCCGGAAUGCGACCGCAGUUUCACCCGCUCCGACGCCCUCGCCAAGCACAUGCGAACCGUCCAUGAAACCGAGGCCCUGCGGCCCUCCGACCCCGUCCCUAAACACCAUGCCGCCGCCUCCGCCGCCGGUACACCCGCUGGCACCCCCGCCGGCAAGGUGCAGCGGUUGAAGCUGAAGCUGUCGUACCCGCCGAAAGAGGAUGCCGGGGAGCACAGCGAAAGCGCGAACGAUGAGGCGGUAGGCACGGAGGAGGAUCUGCAGCUGCCUCCGGGGGGGCUGGAGAAGGAAUUCGACACGUACGAGAUGCUGCUGGAGGGGCCGCAGCUGUAUCGAUUGCUUCUGCGACAGAUUCACUGGGCGCAGCAGGAGACGGCGGAGCUUCGGAGCGCGUGGGACAAGAUCCACGUGAAGAGAAAGGAGUCGUGGAUGGAGAAAGAGGCCAUCUUUGAUGAUCUGGUCGAGGCAGAGCUGCGGUUGUUCAGAGCCAUUGUUGGGCCUGAUGGCGGGUAUGGCGUCCCGAAUCCCGCGCCGCCUCCCAAUGACUCGCCGGAUAAGCAGCUUCGUCAGUCCGAGACAACUGAGAUGGAUGUCGGUCCUGAUCCUGAAGAGGGGUCUGUUCCGCCUUAG